AUGCUAUUCACAUCCUACUUGACUUGCUUCGCCUUCUUGGCUACCACCGCUAUUGGUGCGUGGAACGACUUCACUGACCUGCACCCGGUCUUGGCCCCUCGCUAUGAUGUGAACAAGUACGCCAAUAUGGUGCCCCUUAAGAACGUCAGUCUCUACUAUACUCUCGGAAAUUCCAUGGAUCCCCUCAAUAGCGUCAACAUUGAUCUACUAGCCAAGCAACCUGUCAUGCUACUGGAGUCCAUCGGAUCGGUACACGCGGUUACUUGCACGUCUAAUACGGUGACUGUUACUUUCAAUUCUACAACUGCGUUCGAGCACGCCCUUAAAAUAUGGCCAAUCUAUGACACCUUCUACCUAGUCACGAAUGGCGCAGAGGGUUGUGACGCUAAAGGUGAAAGAGGAAUCUACGAAGUCGAAAGUCUCAUCUGGCAAGACGACAUCGCCACAGUAACGGCACGAACCAUCAAGAAGAGCUUUACCGCUAUAACUGAUACCAUGCAUGUCACCUUUUCCCAUGUUCGAAGCUCAAUGCAGAACAGUAGCGGAAACAUCACGUUCGAUGAGCCUGGUAUCAAUGUUGCCUCCAACUUCUCACUUCCUCCGGACAUGGAAAUCUUUGAAGCACCACACUUUACGACUAUAGCCAAGGAUGGAUACCUCACCGAUGCUGCUAUAAUCCGCGGCUAUUUUAGCUACGAUGUUCCAAGCCAGCACCUUCAGAAUCUUUGGUUCGACAUAGACGCGGCCUUUAUUGGUGACUUAUCCGUCACUUUCAACCUCACCGCACCUCUUGAUAAUAACAACUUUUUAUUCUCCCCCGGCCAGUUCUUCCCCAGCGCUAUUAGUGUGCCUAAUGCCUUCAGUCUCAAACCAGCACUUCGUUGGGCCGUAGGUGCUGAUUUUGGUGCUGUGGGAGCUAUAUACCACAAUAGCAAUAUCACGACGGAAAUUAAUGACGGUCACGCACAUAUUGACUUUGUGGAUGCUGAUAAAUCAUACGCUAUUGGAUGGUCACCACGCCUCGCCUCUGCUGUCGAAACUGCGGAAGCAGCUACAGGACAUGCCUCGCCUUUCAUUGAUUUCACAAUUGAGUUGGCCCUUGAUGUCAUGGAUGGCCUUUACAAUACCACAGGCGGAAUCACGGCACGGCCUCAAUUUGUAAAUGAGUUGAACGUGGCACAGAGCCAAACACGCGUCAGAAAGGCUAGCCGAAUGAUCUGGCCUAGGAACGUUACCUGCACCAACGGCUUCGAGCUACGUUCAGCUUUCAAUUUCUCCGUGAACGCAUAUGUCGAGGGUUCAUGGGAGAAGAACUUGUAUAACACCACGGUCCCUAUUGCAGAUGAGUGUUACCGUUUUUAG